AUGCGCACCGACGAGAGGAUCAUCUUCCGCACCGUCUUUCAAUGUGCUCCUCUUGUGACCGAAGGAUACACCGAAAACAUCAGCACUUCGGGCGAGAACUACACAGCGUACUAUUACGGCCCUGACACGUCAGGGCACAAUUAUACGUACAAGACAAGCACCUUGGAUGCUCAGUAUCACCAGACAAAUGGGAACGAGUUCAUCCUACGUGCUUUAUUGGCUCCGACUCUCAAUGGAAAUACAUCUCGGAAUGCCGCUUUCACACCUACUCCUGGCCUCUUUCCAACAGACGGUGACCUGAUGCUCACGUUCCUAGUUGGAAACGGAGUCCAUUUUAUGGAAAGGGCUCAGGACCCAUGGUAUCGUGGCACUGUGCCAGGAAAGAACGUUACCUGGAACGGCGCGAACGGUAAGUUAUCAAAAUUGAGCUACACGACGGAGCAAGCCGCCUCGCCCAUGGCUUGCCUGCGGCAGUUCCAAUUCUGCAACCCUGCUCUUCCGGAAGAUAGGCGCUGUGGUCCGCUGGCGAGCGCUCUCGACGCGCAGGUCCAGGCGGCGCACCUGUUCAACAUGACAGAAGACCAGAUAGCAAACAGCGACAUCCCAGACACGCCAUCCGGCUCGCGUUACGUCUGGUUCCUGGAGUUCCUGGCAACAAUAGGCUACGGGCCGGACAUCCUGGUCAACUAUCUCGGGCCGAACUCGCUGGCGUCUCAAUCAAGCUUGUCUCGGUAUCCGGGCCUUCUGGGCGCCAUACCAAGUAACCAGUGGCAACUCGACGUGGAGAACUGGUGGGCUAUUCACAUGGCUACCCUGCAGGCGGGCAUGGUCGCUAUUGCCUAUGGUAAUCACGACCCGGCGCUUAAGCCGUUCGAAAUCCCGCCUUUCAAUGCCCAUUACCAGAAGUUGUGCAACAACCAAAAAAUCGUCAGCACUGACUACACUUCCUUCAGUGUUUUCGGUAUAUGCUUCAUUUAUGUCACCGGCGCUCUGAUCAUCGCCAUCUCAUACCUCCUAGAACAGAUCCAGGCCUGGCUGUACCGUCGUCGGAAGGUGAACGAGUACGCCUACCUCGAAUGGACAGCCAACGAGACCCUUCAACUGCAGAGGAUGGCCUACCAGGGCGUCGGAUCAGGCAACUGGUCCCGUUAUACCGACCGCAUUCCGCUGACGGAAACAGGCGAUAUAUUGGCUGAUCUGCCUCGAAGCUACCCCUUGGACAAGAAGGAGGGGGCCGACGUCGAGCAGGGAAAUUUGGUUGAGCAGCGGACUGGUACCACCGUUACUACUGUGCAGACUGCGCCCCUGAGGCAGGUCGAGACUGACGGAAGCUCUGCGACACCGUGCGAUGAGAAUUCCCAAGUGGAUCAGACUGGCGUAGGAGGGAGGCAGUCGGUGGAGGUAGUUUCACCCGGACACAUUCCGCAGGAUGACAGCAUUCACUCGCCGGUUCUCCCUCAUAUGGAUGCGAACCCUCGACCGCCUGCAGAUGCAGCACCCAUGAAGGUUGAGGAACUCGAACCACAAGUUUCGAAGGAUCCUGUUAAAACCACGCCGGUAUUGUGA